AUAAAAUGAUGGAAGGAAACCGGGACGAAGCUGAAAAAUGUUUGAAAAUCGCUACCAAAGCCCUCGAGGAUGGCAAUAAAGACAGGGCUUUGAAAUUCCUCAACAAAGCAGAAAAACUCUAUCCAACCGAGGACGCAAAAGAAUCCAUGAUGCCAUGUGUCUAAACAAGAUGUCCAGGACCUCCAGCAGAAAUAAAGGCCCACAACAUCAAAAAUACAGCAGUAUAUUUCAUUGUACACAUGGGGUACUUUUUAUCCCCGUGUUCACCAAACCCAUCUUGAGUGUUUGCUGCUAAAAAGCUAAUUUUUUAGUUACAUCUGACCAUAGAAGCCAGGCCCAUUUGAAGUUCCAGUCGUGUCUGACAAAUGAAUAUGCUGGAGAUUGUUUUUUGGUGAAAGCAUUUUCUUUUCUUUAUAUUUAUUUUUUCCCCCCCUUGAAGCCAUUCUAAACAACAUGUGGUGAUGUAGAUGCUGUUUGAUAAUUUUUUAUUUUUCUGACCCCGAAACUCAACCUUUUUCUGCAAUUCUCCAGCUGUGACAUUUUCUGUUGAUUGUGUGACGAGUUGGUUGCCUCCCCCUUUUUAUCAUCACCACCCUGUCCCUUAUUCGCCGCCCUUCACCAGGCUCCCGACAGGAGUGGGUGUGCGAGAGAGGAGGGGCGCUGAAUUUGCUAGGGCUGGCGGCAUCUGAUGAGGCGCACCUGAACCGAAUGGAGCCUCAUCACCGCCGCUGUUUAAAUACCGAGCGCACCUCUCUCCGUGCCGCCAGAGAUGUAAGCUGCCGGACCCGCGGCCUGGACGAAAGCCGCACCCGUGUUACAGCCGUCGGGCCAGGAUGCCGGGCCGACCAAGUCCCACCGAAUGCCAUGGACCAAGAGGAAGAGCCGCCGCUAUGAUGAAGCCGCCGCCCCUCGUGCUCCGGACCUGAGUGGCAGCGCGUGCGGCCGCCGGACCCCGCCCCUAACCUGGACCCUUCCUUCCAGAACACUGCCCCUCCUUCACAAACCCCGCAGCACGACAAGGACACCAAAUCCCCUGUUUAUUUUGGACACUUUAUCCCCUUUGGACACUUUAUUUUAUUAUUUCUGUUUAAUAAAAGCCUCUCCGAGGCCUGACGCCACUCCCACUGUGUCUGUCGUUUGCUCCUCCCGUCACACUGGUGGAGAAUGCGGGCAAGGUGGAGCUUAGACAGCGCAGUUGGGCAACACCUGAUGACGUCAUCCCCUCUCGCUUGCAAAAGUUCAUGGAAGUCCGCACUGGGAUGGAGGAACGACGGAGACAACCUCUCAGCCACUAAAGGGGUAAGUGACGUUUCUCCUUUUGUCAUUUACCCUGUGGUUGGUUGAGGCUGUAGACUAAAACCCGGUUUCUCUGUCCCGGUUCCGGCGCGAUGCGAGAGGGAGAGUUGCCCGGAGAGGAAUCCCUGCCCCGCCCACUCCGACAGCUGGAGCCUGGUUGAGGAAGGUAGCACUCCUGCGUGGGCAGCAGCCUGAUGAUGGGGAUGUCGCUUGGGUGGGGGAAUGUGACGAGUUGGUUGCCUCCUCCUUUUUAUCAUCACCACCUCAUCCCUUAUUCGCCACCCUUCACCAGGCUCCCGACGGGAGUGGGUGUGCGAGAGAGGAGGGGAGCUGAAUUCGCUAGGGCUGGCGGCGUGUGAUGAGGCACACCUGAACCGAAUGGAGCCUCAUCACCGCCGCUGUUUAAACCGAGCGCGCUUCUCCUCGGGAGACCGGUCUCUUCCCUGUGCAUGCACACUGGUGUUCUCGUGGGUCCAGGAAGGGAGCGUGGAGGGACUUUCGUGCCGCCAGAGACUAUUGUUGGAAGCCUUGCUGAGGAAUGGUACAUCGACAGGGAACAGCAAUGCAUUUUGCAGGAAGGCAUCAAAUGGAACUGACCCUGGAUCCCAAACCCGGCAUGAGACACAGAAACAAGACUCGGCACCUGCAGACUUAACAAAAGGAUUUACUAAGGAGCAAGCUGAAGGGGUACAAAGGAUAAAGAAGUGUAAGAAUUACUAUGAGGUACUGGGUAUCAGAAAAGAUGCCAACGAUGAGGAACUGAAAAAGGCCUACAGAAAACUGGCUUUAAAAUUCCACCCUGACAAAAACCAUGCGCCAGGAGCAACUGAGGCUUUUAAAAAGAUUGGAAAUGCCUAUGCAGUGCUCAGUAACCCAGACAAGAAGAGGCAGUAUGAUGUAAGUGGAGGAGAGGAUCCCAACAGCCCAAGUAACAAUGCUCAUGGAGGAUUUGAUUUUCACAGAGGCUUUGAGUCUGAUAUUACACCUGAAGAUCUCUUUAACAUGUUCUUUGGAGGAGGCUUUCCCUCAUCGAACACACAUGAAUUCACUAAUGGCAGAACAUACAGUCACCAUAUGGAUGAAACCAGAAGAGAGAGAGCGGAGGAGAGGGGAGAUGGUGGGUUCUCCAUGUUUAUUCAGCUGAUGCCAAUUGUUGUGCUGAUCUUGGUCUCAAUCCUCAGCCAGCUGCUGGUGUCUACACCCCCUUAUAGCCUGUACUCCAGACCGUCCACAGGACAGACUGUGAAAAGACAAACAGAGAACCUGCAUGUGGACUAUUUUGUCACCAGAGAUUUCAAAUCAGAAUAUAAGGGCUCAGCUUUGCUAAAAAUUGAGAAGAGUGUAGAAGAGGAUUAUGUUUCUAAUGUGCGAAACAACUGCUGGAAGGAAAGACAGACAAAAACAGACCUACUGUAUGCUGCCAAGGUCUACCGAGAUGAAAGACUACAGCGAAAGGCUGAGCUCAUGACCAUGGAGAACUGCAAAGAGCUGGAUAGAUUAAACGAUCUGUUUCGUGGAGGAUAAACCUUAAACUAAAACUAAUGGACAUUUAUGAAAAUAAGAUACCAUAAAUGUAAAUAUUUAUUGUUUGCUGUUUUUUUUAACACUCUUAUAGAAAGACAAUAUUUAAAUAAAGAGAGAAUUCAUUAAAAAUCCCUUAUCUUCCACUGGAAUAUACUUUGCGUCAUAGUCUAGAAAAUCAACUUAGAAAAAGAUUAUUUUUCCUUGUUUAAUGUUUUUUCUCUUUUAUGCCUAAAUUGACUAAACAGUGAGAAAUGGGCUUAGAUGUUUUACACUUGAAUCACAGCUUUCUUUCUUUCUGACUUAUUGAACCCAAACUUUUGCUUCUAUUGAUGCCAUGUCUUUUUUGCUCUAAGUGCUACUAACUUAAAGAGACCACUAUUUUGAAUGUUAAUGAAACUUAAAUGGUACAAAUAAAAUAAAAGCUUUUAAACCAGA